ACCGUCAUGCUGCUGGUCUGCAAUGCCGCCAUUGCCUUGGUCCUGCUGUCCGUUAUGCUGUGGUGGAUCGGCCGCCUCAGCUGCGGCUGGCUGCUCGUGUUGGUCUGCACCUUCCUGCUAAUGUUGCUGAGGUUGCUCCCCUUCUGAGCCGUCGUUCUCGGACACAGCCGCAGUGGGCAGAGGGGCUGCUGGUGCUGGUGGCUGUGGUGCUGGUGCUGGCGGCUGUGGUGGGGGCACUCCUUGCUGGAUGAGUGGCGGUGCAGUAGGAUGCGGGUGAGCGAAGUAGCCGUGUGGUGGGUAGGGGGCUGGUCUUGGUUGUGGCGGUGUCGGCACCGCAGGAGUGGCAGGGAAGGGCGUUGCGGGUGUGGUCGUCUUGCUCGCCGUCUUGAGAGGGAACACCGACUCGUGAACCGACACAUCACGUGACUCAACUACCACCGAACGAUCUGGGAUGAACACACAGUGCACGUCCUUUGUGUUCUCCUUUCUGCCCAGGUACACCCCUUUCUCAGCCUUGAAAUCAAAUGGAUGACGGCGAGGACCCUCAGGUGCCUUGCGCUGGUGGACGUAGGCCAGCGCACCAAACGCAUGGAUGUCUUUGUAGUCGGGCUUGACACCACGCAGGGCCUCGAUGGGGGUCAUCAGACGCUCACGAGACAAGGCAGCAUGCGGCAUACGGUUCCUCAGGUAGGUCGCCCACUUGACGGCGUACGGCCACAGCAAGUCGCGAAACGUCCACAGUCCGCUCUGGUGCAGCAGCUUUCUCGACAUGUCCACGAUGAUGCCUAUGGAGCGCUCGACGAUGCCAUUCUGGUGCUGAUGGUGGGCGGCGCUGAACUCCUGCUUGAUGUUGAGGUCGGCGCACGUUGAGCAGAACAGACGAGAGUGGAACUCGCCUCCGUUGUCGGUGCGAAGACGGUGGAUGCCGUGGCCGUCCGUAUUCGGUGCGGAAGAGCUUGAGUGCGCGCGCGACGGUGUCGGCGGUGUGGUCGGACAGCACAUAGACGAAUGCGGCACGAGGGAAGACGCAGACGAAGAGCAUGAAGCAGGUGAACCUCGAGAUCAAGUUGCCGAUGAUGCUGGUCUUGACGGGCUUGAUGUCUGCAGUGACGAGGUCGCCGAUGAAGUCGGCCUUGAUGGGCUCUCCCUCCUUGGGCACUUCGCGCAUCGCGCCGAGUUUGCAGCUGUCGCAUGGGGGCAGGUCGUUGGGCACCUUGACGUUCUCGUUCUCGGGCCAUUCGCUCAUGCGUGAGAGGGCCUUGGCAGUCGCAUGGCUCUUGUUGUGCCAGUAGUUGUAGUUCUGCUCGGACGAGUCGACGGCCAACACACACUGAUCAACCCUGACAGCAACAGACUCACACACACUGGUUAGCCCUGGGGCAUCACCCGUGUUUGUGUGUCUGUCUAUCGCCACCUGCCCGUCAUUCUGACCUGAAUGUGGGCCGGGGCGAGCACAUGGUGCUGCUUUGAAGGGGGCCCCGGACCCCAUGCUAUGUUGUUCGGGGCUCAAUCGUCCACCACCAUUCUCCAUCCGUCCCGUGUGCAUGGCCAUGUCCCCACGUGCACAAAAUCGAUGAAGUGCAGCUUCUGAUGAGGCUGUAGUUGGUUGUCUUGUGCUUUGCUUAGACCAUACGGUGGGUAUGGUCUAGAUCAAUACAGGUCGACUCAAGCGUGGGGACUCGAGAGCGAUUGAAUGAAUGAACGUCAGUCGUGAAAGUCCUCUGCGCAGUGCCGGUCAUGCAGCGAGCUCAACCAAUGGGCGCUGUGAGCGUUGACAAGGCAGGAAACUGCCGCUGCCAAACUCGCAGACGACCGGCAAAAGCAAACACCACGUCUGAGGACAUCGCAUGCACAGCCAGGCAGACACACAGACAGUGUGGUGUGUGUGGUUGGUGUGUCUGUCUGCCUGUCCUUCUGUCUGUCUUGAUACGCACCAGAGAGUGAUUUCAAAAGUGCACCCGAACGAAAAGCGACACGACAGUGCAGCUUGCCGCACCUCGAGAGGGGAAUGCUCACACCGGUGCUCUCGUGGAUGAAGUGCGAGGCGACUUGGUGGCUCAGGUAGACACCGUAUCCAUGCAGGUUGAUGUCGUCAGUCGCAAACACGUUGUACUUGAGGUCGAGCACGACAGCGAUGUUGCCGAUCGUUAGAGUGACGGGGCCAGAUGUGCUCUGCAUGGUGAGGGGGAGGGUGCCGACGGCCUUGAUGGGCAUGAGAUCGUUGGAUGCUGUCCUGAUUAUUUCGGGCACGGCUAGGGGCGAGAUGUUGACCAGGUGUUUGCCGUCCCUCACGGCGCUAUUGGUGGCGGCGCAGUCGACGAGCAUGCUGCUCUGCAGGUCGAUGGAGUAGAGCUCAGAUACGAUGGGCUGAACGGUGAUGACGCGCUGAGUGAUGAGGCACCACGAGUCACGGUCGAUGUGGUGCUGCUCCACAGUCACUGGCUGUGCCGUCCCUCCGUUGCCGCGGUUGCCCCUAUCGUUGCGUUGUCAUCUGGCGGCCGUUGCGUGCGCUGCGGUUGUUGAUGUCCCUGUCUUUUCUCGGCUCCCACAUCAGCGCCCUGCUGUCGCCGUUGCGCAGCUUGUUGAUGCGGUCGUCGCAGUAACGCCAUCCACCCCAAUGCGUCUUGUGGCAGAAAUCGCAGUCCACCAUGCCGAUGCGCCUCAUCCGCUGCUCGUCCAGAUGCCCGUGAGGCAGGGGCUGGUGGUGCUGUGAGAGGAUGUGUGGGUAGGAAGUGUAGGAGGGAUGGAGCUGAUG